AUGUCCCAGGGUACUCUUUACGCUGAUCAGAAGAUCCGUGGUGCUGUUCCAAAAGCUAUCAUCAAGGCUUACAACUUGGAUGUCAAGGUUGCUGAGCUCGAUGCCACUUUUGAGAAACUCUUCCCUCUCAAGAAGGUCCCAGCUUUCGUUGGUCCAAAGGGCCUCAAGUUGACCGAGAUCAUUGCCGUGUCUCUUUACCUCCUCAACAUUGCUGACCCAGAGACCAAGUUGUUGGGUAAGAACGCUACUCAGUACGCUGAGAUCUUGAGAUGGUUGUCUUUGUCCAACUCCGAGAUCCUCCCAACCACCGUCAACGCUUUCGGUCCAAUCACCGGCAGACUUCCAUACAACAAGAAGCAGGUUGACGAGGCCAACGCUUACCUCGAGAAGGUCAACUCUAUCGUUGAGGCUAGAUUGGCUGAGUACACUUACUUGGUUGGUGAGAGAAUCACCUUGGCUGACUACUUCGUUGCCGCUCAGUACGUUAGAGGUUUCAACUACUUGUUCGGUACCCAGUGGAGAAAGCAGCACCCAGGUAUCACCAGAUGGUUCAAGACCAUCACCGCUCAGCCAUUCUUGAAGGAUGUUCUUGGCGAGAUCGAGCUCAUUGACAAGCCAGUUGAGUACACUCCACCAAAGAAGGAGAAGAAGGCUGCUGCCCCAGCUGCUAAGAAGGAGAAGCCAGCUGCCGCUGCCGCUGAAGCUGCUCCAGCUCAGCAGGCUCCUAAGCCAAAGCACCCAUUGGAAGCUUUGGGUAAGCCAACUUCCCCUCUUGACGAAUGGAAGAGAACUUACUCUAACGAGGAGACCAGAGAGGUCGCUAUUCCAUUCUUCUGGGACAAGUUCUACAACGCAGAGGAGUGGUCCUUGUGGAAGGUUGACUACAAGUACAACGACGAGUUGACCUUGACUUUCAUGUCCAACAACUUGGUUGGUGGUUUCUUCGCCAGAUUGAGUGCUUCCACCAAGUACAUCUUCGGUUCCAUGGUUGUCUACGGUGAGAACAACGACAACGGUAUCACUGGUGUCUUCUUGGUCAGAGGCCAGGAGCACGAGCCAGCCUUCGAUGUUGCCCCAGAUUGGGAGUCUUACUCUUUCACCAAGUUGGACGCUUCCAAGGAGGAGGACAAGGCCUUCGUUGAGAACAUGUUGGCCUGGGACCACCCAGUUGACGUCAACGGUACCAAGAGAGAGAUCGCUGACGGUAAGGUCUUCAAAUAA